GUGUAAUAUAAAAUAGUACGGAAAUCAAGAUCGUCAAACAUUCUGAACAUAUAAAAAAGUAAUUGGAUCAUAUAUAGUAAAAAAUAUCUGUAAUCAUGGGACGAAAAGUCACAGUAGCAGUAUGUACCUUAAAUCAGUGGGCGUUGGACUUCGAGGGGAACCUGAGUAGAAUCCUGCAAUCUAUACAAGAGGCUAAAGAAAUGGGCGCCCUUUAUCGUACAGGGCCGGAAUUAGAGAUAUGUGGUUACAGCUGUGAGGAUCAUUUCCACGAAUCCGACACCUACCUUCACAGUUGGCAGGUGCUUGGAGAGCUGCUUAAAUCUGCAACAUGCAAAGAUAUGCUUAUAGAUGUGGGUAUGCCAAUCCAGCAUAGGAAUGUCACGUACAACUGCCGGGUUGCCUUUUUAAACAAGAAAAUAUUGCUUAUCAGACCAAAGAUGUUACUGUGUGAGGAUGGAAAUUAUAGAGAAAGCAGGUGGUUUUCCUGUUGGACCAAAGAACGACAAGUAGAAGACUAUUUUUUGCCAAGAAUGAUAACUGCUAUCACAAAUCAGACUACAGUGCCCAUUGGUGACGCUGUUAUUUCGACUAAAGAUACUUGUAUAGGCUUCGAAAUAUGCGAAGAACUAUGGAAUCCACAAAGCCGCCAUAUACCAUUAAGUCUUGAUGGCGUCGAAAUUAUAUCUAACGGUUCUGGUAGUUAUAUGGAACUUCGCAAAGCCUACGUGACGGUGGAUCUAGUGAAAAGUGCCACAUUUAAAAGUGGGGGCGCAUAUUUGUUUAGCAAUUUGAGAGGUUGUGACGGACAGAGAAUAUACUUCAAUGGAUGUUCGUGUGUAGCGGUUAAUGGUGAAAUUGUCAGCAGGGGACUACAGUUCGCAUUGCACGAUGUGGAAGUUAUAACAGCUAUUAUAGAUUUAGAGGAUAUACGGUCAUAUCGGACUCAAAUACGUUCUCGGUCACAUUUAGCAGCGUCUAACACACCAUUCCCUCGUAUUACUGUCGACUUCUCCUUGUCUGAUGAUGAUGAUGUUCACCUGAUCGCCAACCCGCCUAUAGACUGGAAAUAUUUGACUCCCGAGGAAGAAAUAGAGUUGGGCCCGGCGUGUUGGCUAUGGGACUACUUGAGAAGAUCCGGCCAGGGCGGGUUCUUUUUGCCACUCAGUGGUGGCGUGGAUUCUACGAGCACCGCUUGCAUUGUGUUUUCUAUGUGUACGCAAAUAUGUGAAUCAAUCCAAAAAGGAGAAAGCCAAGUUUUGUAUGAUGUACGCAAGAUUCUUUGUCAAUCUGACUACACGCCUUCGGAUCCUAUGGAGUUGUGCAAUAGGCUCUUAGUGACUUGUUACAUGGCUUCGGAAAAUUCUAGCCAAGAGACUAAACAGAGGGCUUUGCAGUUAGCAAGUGAAAUCGGCAGUUAUCACUUUCCGAUCGCGAUCGACGCUGCGGUGAGCUCUGUGAUUGGCAUCUUCACAGCUGCUACUGGGCUCGUACCUAAGUUCAGAACCAAAGGCGGAUGUGCUAGACAAAAUUUGGCCUUACAAAAUAUACAAGCCCGUCUAAGAAUGGUGUUAUCAUACUUAUUCGCUCAACUAAUGCUUUGGGCACGAGGCCGGCCCGGAGGUCUUUUAGUAUUGGGCUCAUCCAACGUGGAUGAAGCACUUAGAGGCUACAUGACUAAAUACGAUUGCUCUAGUGCAGAUGUGAAUCCCAUUGGUGGGAUAUCAAAGACUGAUCUUAAGGCUUUCUUGCAGUAUGCUAAGAAUCGGUUCUUCUUACCGUCGCUGUCGGAAAUCUUACAAGCACCACCCACCGCCGAACUAGAGCCGUUAACAGACGGCCAGAUUGUACAAACAGACGAACAAGAUAUGGGCAUGACUUACGCUGAACUGUCAGAGUUUGGUCGGCUAAGGAAGUCUCAGCACUGUGGGCCUUUUAGCAUGUUCCAAAAGUUGGUGCACAGAUGGAGUGAUAAAUGUACUCCGCAAGAGGUGGCCGAGAAAGUGAAGCAUUUCUUCCGUUGUUACGCGAUAAAUCGGCACAAGAUGACAGUACUGACGCCCUCGUACCACGCAGAAACGUACAGUCCGGAUGACAAUCGCUAUGACCAUCGGCCGUUCCUAUAUCGUGUACAUUGGAACUGGCAGUUUAAAGCCAUCGAUGAUGCUGUUGCGCUAAUGUCCAAAGACAAGAGAGUUCUAACACGCGACGGCGACAGAAAUCAAGGGAACCAAGAUAUCGGUAAACUAAAUGGCACUAGUGCUACUGUAUCAAGUGCACAUUAUAAUAUGCGAGGUGAUAGAAAAGCUGUGCUUAUUUAAUGUUGCAUUAUUUUCCUACUUGGAUUUGUGUUGUAUUACAAUCAAGAAACCAUUAAUUUAUUGGGUUUCCAUUGGGCUUGUGACAUGUUUUCUAGUGUUAACACUGUUAUAGACUUAUUUCAGCUCUUCCGUCUUCUUUUGAUAUUAAAAUAAUAUAAUGAAAUGAUAUGUUCACAUUAAUAUAGUUUUAUUUAAUUAUACAUGCCGCUGUUUUCGGACACUAGGAUACACCAGACAAUAAACGCACUUAUAAAGUAAUUAUUAGAAAAACAUAUUUUACUGUUACUUUAACUUAUCACUAAUUCAAAUUCAAAUUCAAAAUAAAGGUCUAUUACAGACUCUUAUGAUAUGUCAAAUCUAUUGUCAGUUUGGAAUAAUUUCGAGAUGAGAAGAACUGACAAGAAACUCAGCUCGUAUUCUUUUCAUCAUUAUUUUCUAGCUAUCGAUUAUCAUACACAAAGAAUGUAGGUAAAUCGAUGAUUCUCCAUUUUUGUCUUGAGUAACUCAUGUAUUAGUAACUUAUAGUCUGCAAAGUAUAGUACAACAAACAAUUUGACGGAAGAGUUGUUUCACCUUUUUUGUUUUAUUCACGGUAUAUCCAUUUGUUGUGUUAUUAAAAAUUUACGUUUGAAAUGGUGGUGUAUCGGUAUGGGCCUACAUCGUGUGUCUGUAGUAGUUUGUCUGCUAAAAUCUCUUUAAAUAAAUUGUGUCCAUGAUUUUUAUCCUCCAAUUUUGUAAUAAACUCAACACAAAUUUUACAGCCGAAUAAAAAAAAUAUUUUCAUUGGUUAUGAAAUAUUGGAGUAUAAAAAU